AUGUUACCAGAAGCGGCAGUUAUAUCCGGGGGUACCUUGCCUUAUCUUGUCAUGAAGUUCUCCGCCAUCAUCAUCACUCUUUCUGUCGCCCUCGCCGCCUCUGCGCGUCCCGCCGACACCAACCCGGAACGCUCUACGUGCGCCGCUGUGACCGCUGGCCGUUCGACAGUUACUGUCUUUGCGACUGCUUUGAAGGGCUCCUCCAGCAUGCACGUUCUCCCAGUGAGUACGCUCUAA